CGGAAGGUGGCGGCGCACAUGGGCGCGGGGGCCGGGCCCGGGAUCGGCAGCGGCGCCGGCACCGGGAUCGGGAUCGGGACCGGGACCGGGAUCGGGAUAGGGAACGGGGCGGGAGGAGCCGCCGGGGCGCUGGGCGCUGCCGUGGCUGCUCUCUACACGGCCACGCUGCCGCCCGCUCUGCCCGGCGGGGAUGCGGGGGAGCUGAUCACAGCCGCAUAUGAGCUUGGAGUCGCCCACCCUCCUGGCUACCCCCUGUUCACGCUGCUGGCCAAAGUGGCCACGGGGCUGCCCGGCGGCUCCCCCGCCUUCCGAGUCAAUCUCCUCUGCGGCUUGCUGGGAGCAGCUGCUGCCUCGUUGCUUUUUUGCACGGUUUUCAGGCUUUCUGGCUCAUAUGCUGGAGGAAUCCUUGCUGCGGGGGUGUUUUCAUUUUCUCGUCUAACAUGGCAGUGGUCCAUCACGGCAGAGGUUUUCAGCUUAAACAAUCUGUUUGUGGGGCUGCUGAUGGCUCUCACUGCUCGUUUUGAGGAGGCAUCCACUGCAAAAGAAAGAUCAAAGAUCUCUAAAUUGGGUGCUUUUUGCUGUGGGCUCAGUCUGUGUAAUCAGCACACAAUCGUGCUUUAUGUCGUUUGUGUUGUGCCCUGGGUUCUCUCACGGCUUUUCAGAAAGAGGGAAUUGUCCCUAGGCCAUUUGCUGAAGUUGGGUUUAUGCUUCUUGGCUGGUUUGCUGCCUUAUCUCUAUCUGCCGGCUUCGUCCUACCUCAAUCGAGCCCGCUGGACAUGGGGAGACCAGACGACUUUUCAAGGGUUUUUGACCCACUUUCUGAGGGAAGAAUAUGGGACAUUCAAUCUGGCCAAGUCCGAGACAGGAUCCAGUAUGGGAGAGAUGCUGCUUUUCCAGCUGGCACAGAUGAAGUCAGAGCUCUCCCCUCCCGUCCUUGCCCUGGCACUCGUGGCCUGUGUGAGCACAGCACUGCCGAAAAAGCAUCAGAAAUCAUCUGUGAUCUGGCUGUUCACUGGAAUGCUCUGCCUUUAUUCCCUUUUCUUCGCUUGGAGAGCAAAUUUAGAUGUUACAAAGCCUCUGUUUCUAGGCGUGGUGGAGCGGUUCUGGCUGCAGAGCAGUGCUGUGGUGGCUGUGCUGGCAGGGCUGGGGCUGGCCACACUGGCCAGCCUUGGGAGGAGCACUGUGCUGGAGGGCACCUGGCUGCUGCCAUGCCUGGAGUGGCUUCCUGCUCUUGCCCUCGUUGCUGCUCAACUUUGGGCGAAUUACAGCACUUGUGAUCAGAGCAGCAACUACGUUGUUGAUAAGUUUGCAAGGAACGUGCUGUCCUCCAUGCCAACAGGGGCAGUGAUCCUGCUGAGAGGAGACUUGCCUGGGAAUGCUCUUCGUUACCUUCAUUAUUGUGAGGGCAUGAGGCCAGAUAUCACCUUAGUGGAUCAGGAGAUGAUGACUUAUGAAUGGUAUUUACCCAAGCUGGCAAAGCAUUUACCUGGCGUUUAUUUUCCCGGGGACCGGUGGAAUCCUGUGGAAGGAGUAUUACCCGACGGGACACUCGCCUUUAAUCUCCAUCGUUUCCUCAAAGUAAAUAAACAUAAGGAAGUGUUUGUCUGCAUAGGUCUUCAUGAAGGGGACUCGACCUGGAGAAGGAGCCACUCGCUCUGGCCCUGGGGUACAUGUGAGAAGUUGGUUCCUUCUGGAGCUGUGUUUGACCCAGGGGAGUGGAUUCGUCUCACAAGGAAUCUCUAUAACUGGACUGAGGACUAUGGCAGUUUCAGCCCCUCUUCCUGGGAAGCUGUUGCCAACGAGGAGAUGUGGCAAGCCAGGAUGAAAACCGCUUUCUUCAUCUUUGACCUAGCAGAAACAGCCAGUGUGACUACAGAAAUGAAAUCACAACUUUACACAUUUGCAUACACUUCAUACAGAGAAAUUGUCAACUCCCAUCCCCAUCACCCGGUGAACUGGCACAAGAACUACGCCAUCGCCUGCGAGAGGAUGCUGCGCCUCCGCCGGGGGGACGUGGAUCCCGAAACGCUGCUCUCCCAGGCUGUGAAACAUUUCCUGCUCUACACUGAGAAGGCAGAGGAUGAUCCCCAGCGCCAGGACAUCCUGCAGGCUGUGCAGCACCUCCGGGAAGAGCUGCAGGGGCUGAGGAGGAGGAAGGCGGAGCUGAGGCGCGCAGCUGGGUAGCGCCUGGUCCUGCUGAAGUGUUGAAGCCGGGACUUAAAAUCUGAAUUAGUUCUUGGCAGCGUGAGAGGGGUUUUAAAAGGUGACAGAAAUGGCAGCAGAGAGGAAAUCAGGUGUGAUCCCCUCUGCAGGAACACAGUGAUGUUUGAUUUCUGUUGCCAAAUGAACUUUUUUGGGGGUAGGGGAGAAGCUCACCACUAAAUAGCGGGUUUCAAAAAGGAGAGUUUUCUUUUACAAGAAAACUAUGAACUUGAACUGUGAAUAUAUAUAUGUUUUUUUAUGAAUGCAGCAUCCAUUCUAGAUGUAAAAAUGUAUUUAGCAUUUGAUUGUUUCCUCUGUUGCUGAGCCAAGGGUUUUCCUAAAGCCAUUUUUCAUUAGCUGUGCUGUGUCUGGGUGUUUUUGUGGUGGGUUUCCAGCAGGACAAGCUGUGGGAUGAUGCCCCCCACAGGAGCCUGGUCAUUCACUGUUUUGAAUGUGCUCUGAGCCCUGGCUGUGCCCAAGGGCACUGCAGAAUCAUAAUCACAGAAUCCCAGAAUGAUUUGGGUUGGAAGGGACCUUAAAGAUCCUCUCAUUCCACCCCUGCCAUGGGCAGGGACACCUCCCACUAUCCCAGGUUGCUCCAAGCUCCUUCCAGUCUGACCUUGGACACUGCCAGGUGCUUCUCUGGGCAACCUGUGCCAGGGCCUCACCACCCUCACAUAUUCCUUCCCAAUAUCCUGUCUAACCCUGCCCUCCUUUGAAGCCUUCCCCCCUUGUCCUGUCACUUCAUGCCCAUGUAAACAGUUCCUUUCCACCUCUCUGUGACCCCUUUAGGUGCUGGAAGAACAGGAUGUCCUGCUGGAAUGAGGUGGGUAGAGACCAACCCAUUUUUUUCUGCCUCCCUUGCUUUUCAGGGAUGGCUGCUUUCAAUCCUUUGGGAUUUUAUGAUGGGAUGGUCUUUAUUGCUUAGAGUUCCAACCCUGAGCAAGCAACUCGUGUAUUUACCCUUGCAGAGGGACUCUGAUGGCAGCAGUGUGACAUCUCCUGCACUGGGGCAGAAGGACCAUGGUCCUGAGACCUCAUAUGGGACAUAAGAGCAGCUCCCCUGGGAUGCUGCUCCCCUGGGAUGCUGCUCCCCUGGGAUGCUGCUGUCUCCUUGGGUCAUGGCAUCCAUGCUGUGGCCUCUUUCUGUGUGAACCCAGAAUCCCCAUCUGCUCUGCCACAUCCUUGUGGCUCCUGGGGAUGCCAGAAGUGCAGUUUUGGAGGUGUUGAGGCUUUAACCAAAAUAAUUGAGUGCGAAUCCACCCUGCUUUUCAAUCUGCCCCAACAGCCAAGAGACUUCUGGGGUUAACAAGAACUCAGCUUCUUCUUUUAAAAAAAAAAAGACAUAAAUGCUUUUUAUAAUAUUUUGUCAGUUAACAGUGCUUCAAAUGCUUGAAACAGACCCCAAACUCUGGUGAUGUUCCUGCAAAGCUCUGUUCAUCUAAAACUUCAUACGUUAUUCUGUGGUUUUAUGAUAUCUCAGCUCAGUGUUUUGCACAAAUUGCUGCCAGGCCAGGAUUUCUUCUGGUAAAAUUAUCAGAGAAGAAACAAGUACUUCUGUAAAGAUGACAUUAUCUAACAUCAUCUCUGGAGCAGACUGGGAUGGGGACAGGAGCGAGGGGUGUUGCAGGUGGAUGUUCUGCUGCUCUGGGGUUUGAGGUGUGUGUAGGGACAUGUGGCCACUAUUCCUAAUAGAUCCUUUUAAAUCCAAGUGCUGAUUUCCAACUUUGAAUACUUCCCAUGUAAAAAUCAAGCUGCUGUCUGGGAAUCUCUAACUCCAGAUGCAAAAUAGCAUCCUUUACUUUUCAUCCUCUCACACUUGAUUUAUUUUUUGUAGCAUAUGCAAUUCCCUGUUAAUUCCUGUGAGCCAUCCCUGUACGAACAGCAGAUGAGAAAUGAUCAAUAAAAAGAUGGAAAACUGUGGCUUCUGGGUUGCAAAGCCACAAAGCAGAGGGGUGAGAGGGAAGAGGAGCAGUUCAGGGGUGUCCUUUUAACUCUUUGUGUUGUAAUUGACUACAUUUCAGGUCGGCUGUGCCUCACUUAAAUCUCUUCCUUCCUCUCAAUCCCCGCAGAAGUGUUUGUACAGAGCGAGGGAAUAUCACACAUUCCUCCGUGCAGCUUUCUCAGGGAGGGCUUUCUCCUUCCCUCCUCCAGCCCCAGCAGAAAAGCAUCCAGAAUCCAAUUUUUGAAUGCUUUUGUUACCUGCAUUAUUGCAAAUCCAUUCAAGCAAAUAUACUGAGCUGAGGGUUUUCUUUAUCUUGAUUAGAUGCCCCUCCUUAGCCGCGUAGUCUUGAAAUAAUUGGAAGCUUUUGUGGAUCCCGCUAUCUGCUCGGGAGAAAAGAGGGGCUGUGCUGAAUAAAGUAUCAUCCUCAAUUGUAAUAAAUAGUGGUGGUGGCUACAAAAAGGGCUUUACCACUGGCAAAAGCCUUCCCAGGUGUGAAGAGCAGUAGGGCGGUGAUGCCUUUUUUAGGGAGAAAAUCAGAACUCUGCCCCUGACGUUCUCUGUCGCCUUAUAAAUCCUGCGCGUGUGAGACGCAGGGGUCUGUGCUGGGUGUUCAGCAGAAGAUAUUCCAUGGAGGGGGGAAAUACCUAGCACUGAUGGAACUUCCAAAAUUCCUCCCCCUGGACCUGUUCAAAUGAGAUUUGCUGGUGCUCGCAGACGGAGCCGCUGCGUGGAUGUUGCUGAGCCUGUUGGCUAAAAGGCGGUGCGGAGGGAUGCUGGCAGAGUUUAAUUUUUAUCAGCUCCUCUUAGGUGGCACCCUGAAGUUUAUCAAACAAGCAAAGCUGAUUUGCUCUUCGUUAGUCUCAGUUGCAUGAAUCGGUUGCCAAGUAAACAGGAU